UUCGUAAUAAUGUAGUGUAUAUAAGGUAUUGGAAAUAUUCCUGAAACUCUUUCAAUUUUCCAUAUACUCGUGGAAUCUGCUGGUAGCCAGGUGUACGGAUGUGUCGCAUUCAUUCAGUGACAUGUUAACCUCUCCUUUCGGUUUUUUCCGGGACCGCAUGAUCUGCCACGUGGACCAAAAAUCCCCUUUAAAAUUGACGCCGUCUUCAUCUCCGAUUUAAACCGCUUCACAGCCAAGAAAACCAGCGGCGGCGGGAGACUCUUUCCGAUGGCGACAGAGGAGAAGCCAGUUAUAGUGAUCGGAGUCGACGACAGCGAAUACGCAACCUACGCUUUGGAGUGGACACUCGACCACUUCUUCGCUUCAACGCCAAAUCCUCCGUUCAAGCUCGUCGUCGUCUACGCCAAACCGUUUCCCGACAUCUUCGUCGGCGUCGGCGGACCUGGAAUGAUUGUAGGAUCGGCUGGAAGUUACCAGUUCCUGAACGAGGAUUUGAAGAAGAAAGCUGCGUUGGUCAUUGCAACUGCGAGAGGAAUCUGCGAAUCCAAAUCGUUGAAUAUUGAAGUGAAAUAUGAGGUGGAUGAAGGAGAUGCUAGGUAUGUGCUGUGUCAAGCGGUGGAAAAGCACAGGGCUUCAAUGCUGGUGGUGGGAAGCCAUGGCUAUGGAGCUGUCAAGAGGGCGUUUUUGGGGAGUGUGAGUGACUAUUGCGCUCAUCAAGCUUCAUGUACUGUCAUGAUUGUCAAGAUGCUCAAAACCAAGGAAGGUUGACUCAGUUGAAUGAAUAAAUCAAUAAACCCCUUUUCUUUAUGGCUGGAAUAUGAUAUGAAAUAAACAGUAGCUUUCCAUAAAUAUUUCUCUUUUUUUUUUUCUUCCUUCCUCCUUUGGUUCUUUAAAAAGUAUAUUGUAGAAUUAUUCUCUUUUAAGUUAAGUAAUGUUGUUCCAUAUUAUACA